GUAGGUGAUAAAAAAGAUCAUUGCAUUGUUUUAACUUGUAUAAUUUUCUAGUGCUUUUUUUGGGUUUUAUUUAUACUAAAAUAUUCAGGUAUAUAAUAGUAGUACAGUAGUCACCUCAUCACAAUACAGUACUGUACAGUACACAGUGCAUUCUAGUAUAGAACAAACAGUAACCUUUUUGAUCCCCUCAGUUGAUGAUCAAGAGGAGCGUUUUGCAACUGCAAUAAAACAUUCAGAAUGCUGUUAAGUUUAUGUUCAAAGGGUUCAACAUUGUUUCUGCAAAGCCACACACACAAAGUUCAGCUUUUGACUGACUGGCUGAUUGCUGAUUUACGUAAGGAGGCGUUUCCUACUUCUACGAGGAGAAUGUCUUGCCGCUGUGGGAUUCUUUCCCCUCAGUAAACUUCUCACCACAGAGGCCGACCCAAGAUCAAUUUACACCAACACACUACUUCAGCUUCAGCUGAACUGGAAAAAAUUGCAACCUAUUUGUGCUUCGCUUGGUCGUGAUGGUGAAAAAUAUGGACUUGGAGGAGGGCAAGAAGCAUUACUGCAUCCGUGGCAAGCAUGUAGUCAUUAUUUGUAUUACCGUAGUUGUCUGCUCUUUGGCAGUGGGUCUUGGGGUGGGUCUCUCGAGGCCUGAGGCGACCUCAACGGCCACAGAGUCUCCACCAGCACCUACGGCAGACCCGACACAGACUCCUGAACCUAGCAGAGGGCCCUGCAAACCUUCUACUGACAGUAGCGGUGAUUGGAAGAACUUCCGUCUGCCCGACUAUGUCAAACCGAUCCAUUACGACUUGCUGCUGGAACCAGACCUCAUGGAUGAUACUUACAAGGGCACAGUGGAGAUUCAAUUAGAAGUCAGCAAGCCGACACGUCAUCUAUGGCUCCAUAUCAGAGAGACUUUUGUCACUGAAAAGCCCAGAUUGAAGUUGCUGGGCAGGCAGGGUGUGCAGAAGCAUGUGUCAAUUGAGAGUUGCUUUGAAUAUGAGCCGCAGGAAUAUGUGGUGGUGGAGGCUGCAGAGGAGCUACGUAAAACUGGUCCUGGGGAAGUGUAUGUGCUCAGUUUGGAUUUUCAAGGGUGGCUGAAUGGAUCCCUGGUGGGAUUUUAUAGAGUUAUUUACACUGAAGCUGGAGUCACCAAAAAGAUUGCCGCGACUGAUCAUGAACCAACAGAUGCCAGGAAAUCCUUUCCCUGCUUUGAUGAACCAAACAAAAAGGCCACCUAUAAAAUCACCAUCAUUCAUGAUGAUAAUUAUGAAGCUCUGUCCAACAUGCCACUUGAGAGUGCCCCUGAACUUCUGUCUGGCAAUAAAAAGAGGACCGCUUUCCAAAAGUCCGUUCCAAUGAGUACUUAUUUAGUAUGUUUUGCCGUGCACCAGUUCAAGCAUGUGGAGAGAAAAUCUGCCAGAGGAAUUCCUUUGAGAAUUUACACGCAACCAAGUCAGUUACCAACCGCCGAAUAUGCAGCAGACACAACUAAAGUCAUUUUUGACUACUUUGAGGAAUACUUCAAUAUGAACUACUCCAUCUCAAAACUGGAUAAAAUAGCUAUCCCUGACUUUGGCACUGGUGCAAUGGAAAACUGGGGACUCAUCACCUACAGGGAGACCAACUUACUGUACGAUAGCAACCAAUCAUCCUCAUAUAAUAAGCAGAGAGUUGCAAGUGUUAUUGCCCAUGAGCUGGUACACCAGUGGUUUGGGAAUAUUGUGACUAUGGAUUGGUGGGACGAUCUCUGGCUUAAUGAAGGCUUUGCCAGCUUCUUUGAGUACAUCGGUGUGGAGAAAGCAGAGCCCACCUGGGGAAUGCGAGACAUCAUGAUCAUCAGUGAUGUGCUUCCUGUCAUGGUGGACGACGCUCUCCUAUCGUCCCAUCCGAUUAUUGUUAAUGUGUCGACUCCCGCGGAAAUCACAUCAGUGUUCGAUUCUAUAUCAUACAGCAAGGGCGCUUCCAUCCUCAGGAUGCUGGAGGACUGGAUGGGUAAAGAUCUGUUUAGAGAUGGCUGUCGGAAAUAUUUAAAAGACUAUUACUUCAAGAACGCUAAAACCAGCAACUUCUGGGAUUCUCUAGCCGAUGCUAGCGGGUUUCCAGUUGGAGAGGUAAUGGAGACUUGGACAAAGCAGAUGGGUUAUCCAGUGGUGGACUUGACUUUCACAAAUACAGAGGCAAAAUUGAAGCAAAGUCGUUUCCUCCUGGAUCCCAAUGCUGACGCCAACCAACCUCCUUCACCCCUUGGUUACAAAUGGACCAUCCCAAUCAAGUGGCAUUCUGUGAAGAGCAAUAAGAACAUGUCAGACUUGUUCAACAUGUCUAGCGCAGAGCACAUCCUAAAGAACUACUCACCUUCAGAAGACGGUUUGCUGAAGAUCAACAAUGAUCAUAUAGGAUUCUAUCGAGUUAACCAUGAUGACCAGAUGUGGAACACCAUUAGCGAACAGCUUCAAGACACUCACUUGGAGUUUGAUGCCGCUGAUCGCGCAAGCUACAUUGAUGAUGUCUUUGCUCUAGCGAGGGCAGACAAGAUAGAUUAUGGCAAUGCCUUCAACCUUACAAUGUAUCUAAAUAACGAGACUUAUUACAUUGUGUGGGACCGUGUAGCCUCCUCUAUUGCCUAUGUUCGGGACAUGCUAUCAGGAAAUGAUGCUCUCUAUCCAAAGUUUCAGAAACUGUUCCGUAGUCAUGUAAAAAAAAUUUCAUCUGAACUAGGAUGGGAUGAUGUCGGAACACAAACAAACAGGUUACUGCGGGAGAUUGUGCACAGUAUUGCUUGUCAAAUGGGAAAUCAGGAUGCAUUAAAUAACGCCUCAGACCUUUUUAACCAAUGGAUUGAUGGAACUCUCAGAGAUAUACCAGUGAACCUAAGGUUGUUAGUCUAUCGUUACGGCAUGAAAAACGCAGGCAAUGAGGCAAAGUGGACAAUCAUGUUUGAGAGGUACAAAAAUACCGGCUUGGCACAGGAAAAGGACAAGUUGCUAUACGGACUGGCGUCUGUUCAGGAUAUAAAACUUCUUUGGAGACUCCUCGAAGCCUCUAAAGAUGAGAGUGUGGUGAGGAGCCAGGAUCUGUUUACUCUGGUUAGAUACGUGUCCUAUAACCCGAUGGGUCAGAGCAUGGCCUGGGACUGGACUACACUCAACUGGGAAUACCUGGUUAAAAGAUACACAAUCAAUGACAGGAGCCUUGGUCGCCUUUUGAAAAGCCUCUCCGUUAAUUACAACACAGAGCAACAACUGUGGAAGAUGGAGCAUUUCUUCAGUCUCACUCCUGAUGCUGGUGCUGGAGUGAUUCCAAGACAGCAAGCACUGGAGACCGUCAAAAAUAACAUUAAAUGGAUCCAAGCGAAUGAGAAUGAGAUACAAAUGUGGCUAGAGAGAAAUGUCCUCUAACUAAAUGACAUACAUAGCAAUAGUCAAUUUAUUUUUACAUUGUGAAGACUUAUAUUCCUAGGGAAAUCCAUUUUAGAAUAUACAUGAUGAUAUUGAAUUAAAAUGAUCUUUUCCAUUAAAAAUGUAUACAGUAUAGAAUAUAUGAUGUAAGAUUUUUUUGUAAAUUUCAGCCCUGUAAAGUUGGCACAAACCAAAUACUACCACUUGUACUAAUGUGUUACAACAGUCCUAUGUCUGAAAACAUUGAAAGCUUCGCGCCGUCUCAUAA